AGGACCUCCUGAGGUAGCACGGCCAUGAAGCGGUUCCACACGUCCUGCGUGUAAAACUCCACAGUGUGAGCAUUGGCGAUGCUCAGAGUUAUAGACAGAAACCGCUUAACUUCAUCUAUUCGACGUUGAAUUUCUGUGAGGCUGUAUGAGGAGGAUAACAUAUUAAACAGCUCUCCAAAGAAGGCCCGAGUGAAGCAUAUUGAACUGAAAUGGCACCGACAGAUAAAAAAAUGAAGAAUAAGAAGUUCACCGCGAAAGAUGGCAACUGGAAGAAAUCAAAAAAUAACGCACAGGGUGUCAAGAAAAAGAGGAAAUGGGUCCCCGAGCACAAAGUAUACGAAGGCAGUGUUAAGGAAGGUCAGGGGUUUGCUUUAAAGAGGAAGCAAAAAGUCCAACAUGAGUACAACAAGCUGCUGCGGAAGGAGAAGAAAAAGAACCCUGAGUCCAAAGCGCUGUACACGGAGGAGUACCCAGAACACCUCAGGCAUCUAUACAUGGCCGAGGCAGAGAAACUGAAGAACGAGGCCUGGACCAAUAGAUUGAACAGGAGUAAGCUGAGAAUGAAAGGGCAGGAGAAGGGAGAAGAGAUAGAUGACAAGGAUGAUGAAGCUGCUGCUGCUGCUGAUGAUGAUGAUGCUGAUCCUGAAGUUACUGGUGGAUCUGAGUGGACAGAUUCUGUCACUGGGAACCCUGAACCAACAGCAGCCUCCGAGAAAGACAGUCUUCCAAUGAGCAACCGCAUGAGGAAGAAAAUGCUAAAGAAGACGUCUUACCAGAAGACAAAAGAGGAAUUUGAAUCAAUUACAGAAAAACGGAAAAAGAAGAAGGAGGAAUACAUUAAGAACAACAAGCAGAGAGAAGAAGCCAUUCAGAAGUACAAACAGAAAAAGCUGGAGACGUUUCAGAUGCUGAGCAAAAAGACCAAGAAAGGACAGCCCAAUCUCAAUCUCCAAAUGGAGUAUUUGCUUCAAAAGAUCACCCAAGGAACUGGGAAAUGACUCCCAAGUCAGAGCUGUACUGGAGAAAAGACUGGACCUUCACUUUUUUUGA